AUGCGUGCAAUUCUACGCCGUCUUUACCCUUCGGUCAAAUUUCCCGUCGCCCGGUAUCCUGUCGCGCGACCAUUCUCCACAGAACCAAGACAAGCCUCGUCUUUUUGGACCAUCACCAUCACACUCGCCGUCGUUGGAGGAGGCGCCUGGUUACAAGAUAAAUACUUCAACUCCAAACUCCCAUCGGAAGUCGUAUCGCAACGACCAUCGCAACAAUCCUUCCUCGGAGUGAUCGAUACCCUAGCAACGAUGCCUGCCGAACCCGCCCCCGGAACAGUCGGGAACCUCACCCCGGAACAAGAAGUCAAGCUGAAAGAAUUCUGGGUCUUAGCGCUGAAAGUCUUCGGGCUUACACUGGAAGAACUCGAAGCCCCCGCCCAACCCGCCGCCGAUGCCGCCACGCCUGCACAAUCCCAGGAUAAGAAGAAGGCCAAGGGCCGGUGGUCACUGUUCAGCCGUGCCGAUGACGAGGGCGCAAACGGCUCUUCGCCCACCAGCGUAGUCGCAAGUGCAUCCGCGAGCGCCGAAGGCGACGACAAGUACGGCCAGUCGAAAGAAUACAAGCAAGCGCUGGAAGACAUGGAGCCGGAGGAGAUCCGGCGCGCGUUCUGGAGUAUGGUAAAGGGCGACAAUCCGGACUCACUGCUGCUGAGGUUCCUGCGCGCACGCAAGUGGGACACCAAGAAGGCGCUUGUGAUGUUGAUUUCGACAAUGCGCUGGCGACUGCAGGAGAUGCACGUUGACGAUGAUAUCAUGGUUAACGGCGAGGCGCUGGCGAUUAAGCAGUCGCAGGGCUCGGAUGCCAAGGAGAAAAAGAAAGGCGAGGAUUUCUUGACGCAGAUGCGGCUAGGGAAGAGUUUCUUGCAUGGUGUUGAUCGGGCGGGUCGGCCGAUUUGUGUGGUCAGGGUGCGCUUGCAUAAGGCUGGUGAUCAGGAUAAUGAGGGGUUGGAGCGCUUUACUGUUUAUACGAUUGAGACUGCGCGGUUGUUGCUCGCUCCGCCCGUUGAGACUGCUACUAUUGUCUUUGAUAUGACUGACUUUGGUAUGGCUAACAUGGACUACGCCCCCGUGAAGUUCAUGAUCAAAUGCUUCGAGGCCAACUACCCCGAGUCCCUCGGAACAGUGCUGAUCCACAAAGCCCCAUGGCUAUUCUCCAGUAUUUGGAACAUCAUCAAGGGCUGGCUCGACCCUGUCGUCGCCGCAAAGGUCCACUUCACCAAAAACCGCCAGGACCUCGAAAAGUUCAUACACCCCAGCCAGAUCAUGAAGGAGUUGGAAGGCGACGAAGACUGGGAGUACAAAUAUGUCGAAGUGGGCGAGAACGAGAACCCCAAGAUGGCCGAUACGGAAACCCGGGACACCCUCAUGGCUGAGCGCCAGCAGCUUGCCAAGGAGAUCCAGGAUAUCACCGUUGAGUGGAUUCGUGCCAGCUUCAAGAAGGAGGCCGAUGCGGCCUCUACUGCUGGGGAGAAGCGCGCGGAGCUUAUUGAGAAGCUGCGCAGCCAGUACUGGGUUAUUGACCCGUAUGUUCGGGCUCGCUCUCUCUAUGACCGACUCAAUAUUGUCCAGGGUGGUGGCAAAAUUGACUUCUACCCCGGUUCUGAGAAGAAGUAG